UUUCAUUCAUAACAAUACGUAAUCUUUACGUACUUACGCAUGCUUAUUUCUUUGACUAUUUAGGAAUGAUUUUUUUUAUUCUACGAGAAAUUUCGUAUAAUUGCAAGAAAUUAUAAAUAAAGUUUUAGGUGGUUUGAGAGACAUAUGAUGCAUAAUAGAAUAAUGUUUAUUUAUUGCACAUCACAUAAUAUAGUUUGAGAAAAAUGUCUGCAAUUAUAGAUGACAAAGUUGUUGCAGGUGCAAAGAAUUCAAAUACGAUCAAGGAAGAUCCGAUUGUAGCAUUAACAGAAAAAGUAAAAGCCUUGUAUCUCUUUCGAGAUCGCUACUUUGAAACACAUUCUAUCAAUGAAGCAAUAAAGAAAAAUACUGAUGUUGAAAAGGAAAUGAAAGACACACUGAGCAAAUUUGAUGAGUGUAAAGGAUAUGAGAUUGAUGGCUCACGUGCAAAGUAUUAUUAUUUAAAAGGAAGAGCUCUAAAUGUAGUGGAUCGUUUUAUUCCACAGGCAGAGGAACUUUUAAGUAAAGCUGUGAAAUUAGAACCUAAAUUAAUAGAAGCGUGGAAUGAAUUAGGGGAAUGUUAUUGGAAAAAUGAUGAUAUAAAACAAGCAAAAAAUUGUUUCACUGGUGCCCUGCAACAUGGUAGGAACAAAGUAUCUUUGCGAAAUUUAUCAAUGGUGCUUAGACAAGAACAAACUUCAUCUAUUGAUGAACGGAUAAAAAAUAUCCAACAAGGAGUUGAAUAUGCUAAAGAAGCUGUAAGCCUCGAAACAACCGAUGGAAUCUCUUGGGCCAUAUUAGGAAAUUCUUACUUGUCUUCUUUCUUUACAAUUGCACAAAACCCAACUACUUUACGUCUAUGCAUGUCAGCAUACAUACAAGCGGAGAAAGAUAUUAUUGCAAGAAGUAACCCGGAUUUAUUUUAUAAUAAGGCAGUAGCUCUAAAAUAUCAAGAAGAAUAUAACUUAGCAUUAAAAUCAUUUGAAACUGCAAUGGCACUUGAUCCAUUAUGGGAAACACCACGCAACAAACGAGAUGAAUUAUUAAAAUAUCUUAAAGAUAUCCAAAAUUCAAUUAAUUACAAUGGACAUGUAAAACCGAAAAGAUUAUACCAAUUGAUACGGGCACUGGAUAUUAAACAUUUAGGACCAUACAAAAAUGGAUCAUAUACAUCUGGAGAAAAAUCGUUAAAAUUAGAUUUAAUUUCUUUAAAAGAACUAGCUCUUGGAGUAAAUACCGAAAAAGUUGUAUUUGGAAAAGUAGUUUGUUGGAUACAAGACUCGGAUUGUGUUCCAUUUGCUUUUUGUCUUGUGGAUGAGCAAAAGACCUGUAUUGUUGUUACUGUGUACAAUCUAGCUAAAGGUCGAGGAGUUACAGUUGGGGAUUCUGUUGGUAUACCAGAGCCUUUUGUCAUACAUCAAAAAUUCUCCUAUAUGAAUAAUGAAUUUGACUAUAAAUCUAUUCGUGUUGAAACUCCUAUUAUACUCGUAGUUAAUGGAAGAAAGUUGGGCCGAGAACAACAAGCAAGCGCAAAUUUGCAUAGUUAUAAAAAAACAGAUUAAACUGAAUGAACUACUUGGAUAAUAAGUUGAUUAGAUCAUAUAAUUAGUCCUAAAUAAUAGAUGAUUUUCAAACUUUGCUUUUGAAUAACAGUCUGCGAAUAGAGCUAACA